CAAAUAUACUAAAAAGGCCGCGUAAGCAAAACUUUCAGCAGGCUGCACAAGCGACGCUACAGAAGAUAUUUUAUUAAAAUUAGCUUCAUUUCCCCAAACGAUUAAUCUCGGAAUACCCGAAAUGGAUGAAGUUAAAGUGGAUGUAAGUGGAGAAAUGAAUGUACCCAAAGAGCAACAAAAGUCUCAAUUUGAUUUCAAAAGUUUUUGGACACUGCAAAAAAUACCGAGCCCACUGGAAAUUGUACAACUAACGCGCAAAUACAUUCGGCCAUGGUCGGAGUUUAUGAACACUGCUAACUUUAAGGCUGCAGCGAGUAUGCCACGUUUGACGAGUCGAUUUAUCCGGAACAUCACAUACUUUCAAAGCAAUUACAUCUUUAUUUUUGUUAUACUGAUGAUAUACUGUCUCAUUACCUCACCUUUAAUCUUACUGGUUUUGGCUGCUGUGGGCUUCGUUAGUCAUAGAAUUAAGAAGACACAAGCUCCCGUCAGUAUUUUUGGACACCAAUUAUCAACCAAUCACCAAAUAAUGGUUGUGAAUAUAGCCUCUGCUCCUAUAUUAUUUAUAGCAGGUGCAGGCGCGGCACUAUUCUGGACACUGGGGGCUUCUUGCUUUGUCAUCUCUUUGCAUGCCAUAUUCUACAAUAUCGAUGCAAUUGUAACUGAAGAGAACGAGGGAUUCCUAGCAGAAGUCGUGUAAACAAACCCCGAACAUGUAAACACUUAAUAUACAUACUAUAAAAAAAAUUCAGCCACAUGUUUAAAAAUAUUCAUUUACCAAAAUUUAAUUAUUAAUAAAUGUACAUACAUACAUUUAUCUUAAUAUAAAAACAGAUCCGGGGCCUUAACUCCUGAAUGAUAUUUUAUAAUCAUUUAAAAUAAACAAUAUGUACAAUUUUGUAAUAUGAGAGUAUGUGCAC